AUGUCUUCCUCCUCAGCUCUCAACUACCCUCUCCUCUCCAUUCCUGCCUACUACGUCUUCUCCCUCCUCCCACACAUGUACGCAACCAGCAUCCUCGGCGCCAACGGCUACCAGUUCAACAAUGCGAACCCCAAAGCCUCACUCUCGCCUUCCUCAGUCCAGGGCAAGGUCCCCGAUGCCGUCUUCCAGAAGUACCAACGAGCCGAGAAUGCUCAGUCAAACAACAUGGAGCAGAUGCCGUUCUAUAUCGCUGCUGUACUGGCAAGCAUCAUGGCUGAGCGAGCCACCGUCAGAGGACAGACAGGUACUUCGGACACUGGACUGACGAGCUUCGUGGCUACCUUUUUCGCGAUCAGGGCUGCAUAUAACAUCUUGUAUAUUCAGGUCAGCGACCACUCUGUCAGCUUCCUGCGCAGUGGUGCGUGGGCUGCUGGAAUGGGAGUGAUGGGCUAUCAGAUCUACAAGGCGGCUCAGAUCUUGGGACAGUAG